CUGGACAACAACUGGAGUGCACAAGACGGCCGGAGCUCUGCGCGACGGCGGAACCCGUUUCUCGGCGUUCCAAUUCACAGCCAACCCCUCGAAUCCGAAUAGGCGACUCUGAAUUUCGAAUAAGGAAGAAUAGCAGUGCGCAUCAGCUGUGUUUGUUUUUCGAAUUAACAGAAACCCAGGGACUGCUUUCACAAUGGCAGCGGGAACGCAAGUUAUCGCCAACUCCGGCCACGAUGAUAUGAUUCACGAUGCGGUCCUCGACUACUAUGGCCGGAGGUUAGCGACCUGCUCCUCAGACCGCACCAUCAAGAUCUUCGAGAUAGAAGGCGAGACACAACGGCUUACCGAAACACUGAAGGGACACGACGGCGCCGUGUGGUGCGUCUCGUGGGCGCACCCCAAGUACGGCAAUAUCCUCGCGAGCGCGGGGUACGACGGGAAGGUGCUGAUCUGGCGCGAAAUGAACGGGGCGUGGCAGCGCAUCUUCGACUUCGCGCUCCACAAGGCCAGCGUCAACGUCGUCUCCUGGUCGCCCCACGAGGCGGGCUGCCUGCUCGCGUGCGCGUCAUCGGACGGCAACGUCAGCGUGCUCGAGUUCAAGGACAACAGCUGGGAGCACAGCAUCUUCCACGCUCACGGGCUCGGCGUCAACUCGGUCUCGUGGGCGCCCGCCACCAACCCGGGCAGCAUCGUCAGCAGCAAGCCGAGCCCCAAGUCGACGGGCAACCGGCGCUUCGUCACGGGCGGGUCGGACAACACGCUCAAGAUCUGGGUCUUCGACCCGGCCACCAACGGGUACAAGCUCGAGCGGGAGCCGCUGACGGGCCACACGGACUGGGUGCGUGACGUGGCGUGGAGCCCGACCGUGCUGCAAAAGAGCUACAUCGCGAGCGCGUCGCAGGACCGGACCGUGCGCAUUUGGACCAGCGACCCGGCCAACCCGCUGCAGUGGAACUGCAAGGUGCUCAAUUUCGAGGCCGCUGUCUGGCGCGUGAGCUGGUCGCUGAGCGGGAACGUCCUUGCGGCCAGCGGCGGCGACAACAAGGUGACGCUGUGGAAGGAGAAUCUCAAGGGCGAGUGGGAAUGUGUAAAGACCAUCGAGGAGUAAUGCGGGCUUAGGGGAAGGUUGGCUCAGGCGUUCACGGUUCGGACGGUACGGAAACUAAUGCAGUCUGGAUUUAUUCCAUUUCUUUGCCCUAUGUCGUCGUCGUCGUCGCCGUGAUCAUGGUCUUGGAUAGAAUGGCGAUACGGAUGUGUUCUGGGGACGCUGAAAUUCCGGGAUUCCAAGGUACCUAGGCCCCUGAACCAUCAAUGGAUUGCUACGGCUAAGA